AUGUCAGUAAGCCAAGCAUUUCACCAGACAUUCCUCAAUGCUGCAGAUUCCACCGUAUGUUUUAACGCAUUCCAGAGUAUCGUUCAAUCCCAGCCCAAGAUCGUGUUUGACAAUAUUCGGUCAUUCCUGACAGACCGCGAGUUUUCUCUCAGGGUUAUACAGGUCUACAAGCCUACCAACAUUGGUCGAAUUUACCAGCUGGAAGGAGUCGAAGACACCAAUGGCCUCAAGGCCGUGAAUCUUGGCUUGGGGAAGCUGUACCAACAUGCCCGCUGCUUCGAAUUGACUGAGUUGAUUUCCCUAAUUACACUCAAACUUCAGGAUCUGUGGAAUACGUACCCAGAUCUUUUCCACCUCAGGCCGUUGCUCGAGAUUACCGUUUUGAUUUUCCCUGAUGAAUAUGAUGAGAGCAAUCACGAUCCCUUGCAAACAUGGAUGCUACGCUUCUUUGCUGAGACGUACGACUUGCUCACAUAA